AUCGCGAAAUUAAUUCGCGAAUUUUUCCUGUCUCUAGUGAUAGUUUUAUGUUUUGAAACUCGGGCAUCACCAUCCCUUCCCCCCCUCUCACCCCCCCCCCCCCCUCACCGUGGAGCGGAGCGCUGCGUGGAAGCGUGUUAGGGCCCUGACACACGAGCGACCGAGUCGCGCGACUGAGACGCGCGACUCGGUCGCCGGGAAAUCGCUUGCCAUAAGAUAGCAUGGGCGUGGGUGAGAACCUGGCACACGGGCGACUGAGCGCGUCUCCAUCGCGCGUCUGUCGCCAGCAGACGCGAAUCCCCGCGACAGAUCGCGGCGACCAGUCGUGCGGGAGCCUUGCACACGGGCGACUUUUAGCCGCGCGUCCGAGCGACUGUCGGUCAGUAUCUGGUUGUAUGUGCUGGCGAGGAAGAUGGCGUUCGAUUGUGACCGUUUUAUAAUCGAAAUAGAAUCAAGGCCAGCUAUUUGGGAUUCCAGAUGUGAUGAGUAUGCUAACAAAUGCAAAAAGGGAAAGGCAUGGGAAGAGGUGUGCGAUAUGUUCGUUGAGAACUUCAAAGCCAUGGAUAGCGUCCAUAAAAAUAAAGCAGCUGCAGAUCUGCAACGGAAAUGGAAGAAUCUACGUGACUGUUUCAGAAGAGAACUGGCUAAACAGAGGAAUUGUAAAUCAGGUUCUGCAGCAGAUGGCAGGAAACAAUAUAUAUAUUUCCAGCAGUUAACUUUCCUAUUGCCAGUAUGCGACACCAAACCUACAACAGAAGAAUCUCCAGACUUGCACACGCAAGCCACACCCGCAGCAGCUACAUCUACGGCACCUACUUAUCUUAAAAGAAAAAAACCGUCACCAGAAACAGAAGAACUUGAGCUACUUCAGUCGCUUAGAAGAAAUAUGGAAAAACGACAUGCAGGUAGAGAAGAAGAAGACAGUGACAGGCAUUUCUUGUUGAGUCUUUUGCCGUACUUCAAACGUCUGCCAGACGAUAUGAAACUUGAAGUUCAAAGCGACUUUUUAAACACCUUAAGAAGGUACAAUCAGGUGUCAAUUUCUGGUCAUCGAUGUCCUUCUCAGACUUCUGUCUACCCUCAUUCUUCUCCAUCAGUGAUCACAGGCCCAUCAUUUGUUUCGCUUCCAUACCCUAGUAGUAAUACAAGUACCUCUGGAGUACGCAACCAACAAUUUACACCCACCAUCAGUCAGUCUUACAACUACGGGUCUCAUUCAACUUCAGAAACAUCGCAGUUAAUGAGUCAACCCCAGCAGCCGCUGCAAUGCCACGCCUUAUCACCAAUGUCACCAGCAGCUUCCUCAUCAGUAUCUCUCCAGUCUGAUACGUCAAGUAUUUGUGAAGACUAUUUUAACUGAUACCUAAUAAAUUAUAAGACAUGUGACCUUCAUGGAAAGAGCAGUUUCAGUGAAUAACAAAUAAAUAUGUUAUCUAACAAUUUUCUUCUAAAUUUAUGAAAGAAUUUAUUUUCGUGUGCAAAACGAUAAACAUUUAUGUGUUGGAUCUUUGAGACAAUAUCGUGUCACGUAAUAAUAAAUGUUACUUAUUUGGGGUAUGUUCAGAAAAUGUUUUUUUUUAAUAAUAUGAUAAUAAAUGCUUCAACUAUACCCUUAAAAUACAUGUAACUGUCUAAUUAAAUUAUAAUUUCAGCCGUAGCCAAACACAUUUCACUCCUGUGUUCCUUGUACAACUAUGAAAUGAACUAUUUGUCUGCUUAUACAAGUGUACCCACCUUAAUGUAAUUGCAAGUCUCUCUUCAGCAGGGAUACUUCUUCUCAUACUUGUGUCAACUUUUUCAAUGUGAAUUUUCAGUACAUCCAGAAGAUCCGAGAAAGUACUCCGAGACAUUCUGAAAUAGUUAAAAUAUUUCGAAUUGUCUUCUUUUAGCUCACUCAUAAUCGUAUAAAACUGGCCCCUUGCUAAGCGGUCUGCAGUUAUUGGGUGCAUCCAUAGUACACGUUGCCUGCGACGACGCCGGCGCCGACGGCAACGACGCCUUAGGACAAUGCCAAGAACUGUUUCUUCGUCGGUGUCCAUAUUCACAGUGAAGAGUGUGUCGCGUGAACCUGGCACACGAGCGUCUCGGUCGCGCGGCUGAGUCGCUCU